ACACUUUGUAGCCGCUCUCGUCGUCCACGCGUUUCCGUGUUUGUGUUUCGUUGUGUGAAGUUCGUGGAGAAUGUGCGGAUAGCGGAUACGUGCCGUGAACAGUCACCGCAGACAGGGUCGCGCGUCCUCGGCCUUUCCGGUUGAACAACCUUUCGCAAAACUUUUCGUGGGAUGUUAGCGUUUCGUUCGAUACGAACGAGUGUUUUGUGACAAAUUAAAACGAAUAAUUAUCUUUAAAAAUGAAAUAGAUCUGAGCAUUAAUUAUACGUUUUCAUUUUGGAGAUCGGCUACAAACGAAUGAAAAUACUCCGUGACUCGUCAGUUUAGGAGAGACUGGUUUAGCGGGAUAAUCACGAGCCGCUGCGGUUGUGCUUCCAGAUGUAAUAAAGAAACCGCCCGAAUUGUUUUGCAUCGAGUUUCAAGUACCUGUCGAUAGAUAAGAGAACGUUAAAGGAAUACUUUUUCAUGGUUGCAUGGUUGCACGAUCCCGACUCGAACCUCCAAAAUGAGACUCUUAACGAUGCGGUGGUACGCAUGUGAUCUAUUGUCAUGUUAGCCAAACGGCAAAGCACUGGGUUGGCGAGAAACGAGCCACGAAACGCCGUCCAACUCGACCACGAAUCGAUAAAGAGAAGCGUGGCUUCCCGGCGGUGGAGAAAUUCCAAAGUCUGACCACGCGGGUUUCCUUCCUGUGCUGUUACGGGGUGGAAAGGAAAAAGCUUUCGUCAGGAUGAUCACCUGCUGGAUCUUGACCGGCGUCUUUGGGACCAUCGUGUUGCUGUACGGCUUAAUAGAGAUUCACUACUUUCUGCGCAUGUUCUUCACCGUCUUCUUCGCGCGUUUCUGCAAAAAAAAGGUGCACAUUCUUGACGAGACAACCGUCUAUGGCAUUUGCACCACCACGGACGUGGAUACGCUCCUUUAUCACAUGAACAAUGCGAGGUACCUUCGCGAGCUGGACUUUGCCAGAGCAGACUUCUACGAGAGGACGAGUUUGUACCGUGAAAUCUGUUCCCAAGGAUCAGGUGUCGUGCAAGGUGCAGCGACCAUUCGUUAUCGUCGAUUCCUCAAGCCUCUAUCUAUUUUUAAAAUAACAUCAAAGAUCAUAUAUUGGGACGAGAAGUCGGUAUACAUGGAGCACCGAUUCAUCACCCCCAACGACGGUUUUAUCAGGGCCAUCGCGAUUUGCAAACAGAGAGUUCUGGACUGCAGCGCAGAGGCAGUUAUUGGCUCCCUCAUGGAACGAGGUGUCAAGCAGAAUGGCAGCGUCGAGGCGGGCGUGACUCAGAUACCUCACGUGAGGCCGCAGAUGCCACCGGAAGUAGCUAGGUGGCUGGAGAGCAACGAAAUCUCAUCGGCGCUUCUUCGUCAGGCCCCGGCAGUGACGACAAACUGCUGACAAAGAGAGGACACGCCGUCCACCGCGAACGGCGUUGUUCCCGCUACCGUCUGCGCGACCACAACUGUAUAAGGGUCGGGUGUUCGAUCUAUUUUAGAGAUCGCCUCUAAAGUGACUCGUGCUAUAGCUUUGAAUCAAUUUUUUAAGGACGAAACGGUGCGAACGAUCGUUACGCUUAAAACUUUUAUUGAUCGUACUUCUCGAUCGUCUCUACCCAAACAUUGAUUCAACGCAAAGAUCAGAAGCAUAAAUGUAUACACGGUGUCAAAGGAAGUACCUUCCGAUCAGUGGGAACCAAAAUAUAGAGUACAAAGACGGAUAGACGUGAAACUAUUUUGUUACACGACAGUGUGGUUUCCGAUCGUGACGUUGCCUCUUUACACGCGAAGAAUAAACGUAUCCAUGGACGAUCCUAUGUUUCAAUGGAUAUCUCUAGGAAAUAUGUUACGAAAGCUGCCAGGCAACCGUAGAACCAAGUGCCAGAGUGACUCGAAAGAAGAUUGAAUCGAGGUCGAUAAAAAUGUACUUCGACGGAGCUUCCAAAGCUUGAAAGAUCGCCUUUGUCGAAUAAUCUUUGUUAAAAGUUACCGUGAUACACGUGGCGUUAUUUACAUUUUUUAUUAUAUGCGCGAUUGGCGUCGGUAAUGAUGAAAUGCAACAAUCUGUAUUAUGAAAGCGUGGAGAUACCGGUGUUUAUAUGUAUUUAUAUUAAGUUGAACGCAAGAACUUUUCGUUCGACUUAAUAAAAUGCACUGGACGUGCCUUUAUAUAAAUCGUGAUGGACCGUCACUGUCCUGCGGUUAUCAAACACUCGAAGCAUGAUAUUAUAUUUUCAGCUUUACGGUUGUCGUGCUUGUAACCUGUCCAAUUAUCGUCGUUUCAAUCCUUUCAUUGCAUUUUUGGCGUUAGAAUAUUUGUCGAAUCACAGUCGAAUCUGUAUAAUAUUUACGACCGAUUCUUUAAAUAGUACAUAAUAUUCGUUACCGACGCUAUUUGCACCGUAAAGUUUAAUCCAUCGGAUUUUGGAUUAAAUCGGCAUUGUAGUACGAUUAAGUAGCCGACGACGUAAUCAGUUUCGACAGUUGUAGCAUUGCGCGCGUACGCGCUGGAAGACAUUACUAUACUUCUAGUUAAUAAUAAUGUCACUGUGUCAGAUAAUACUGUGUUGAUAAUCAUGUCGUUGAACCACUGUCCAAAAGAAGGAAUAAAUAUUCUUUAGAUGGGGA